GUAACACAUAGAACCGCUCCCUUUCUACUAAAGUGAGCAGCAACAGCAUUACUGCGAGCCGAGCAGACUGUCACAGCGCUAUGGUGGAAGGAAGAAUAUACAGGACAUCAUGGAAGUGAGCUACCUUUUAUCAGCAUCAGAAACAAUUUUUCUUAAACAUGGCGUUUCUUUUAAUAACUGCCCAGCAAUGGAGCUCAAUGAAGUUGCUCUUCUACACGCAAAUAAGCAGCUUUUGAAAGAAAUAAAUAUUAUACAAUAUUGCAUAUCACUCAAAAUCUGUAUCCUAAGCAACAAUUACAUUACAGAUAUCGAUGCCCUCCGAAGAUGCUGUCAUAUUAUUAAAUUGGAUUUACAUGGAAAUCAGAUAAAAAAUCUCCCAGAUCAGGGGUUUUGGAGUAAUAUAAAAGGACUAAAACUCCUUUAUCUACAUGACAACCAAAUUGGAAGUUUAAAGACUGUUGAAAAAUUGUCUGCCUGCCCUAACCUAAAAGGUCUAACUUUGUAUGAUACACCUUUAAGCCUGCAUAAACACUACAGGCAUACUGUGGUCAACAGUAUAUGGUCACUUAAUGCCCUGGAUGAAUAUGCUAUUUCAGAUGAGGAAAUUGUGGAAGACUGGUCCCUUCCAGGCAGGUUCAAAGCAUUAUCCCCUCAUUUUUAUGUGAAUAUGUUGCCUCUCCCUAAAAAGGAGAUUUGCUUCCAGAGUGAAAUACAAUCUGUAACAGGCAUUCUUGCAAAGAUCAACCAUAUUCUAGCUCACCAUUCUCCAGUGCUAAUUCUUCAGAAAAAUAUAAGAGGCUAUUUAGCACGAAAGGAACUUGGCCUUAUUUCUCACCUGAAAAGGCAACGAGAAGAAAUACAUAGCUUUCAUGGACCAAGGAAAGAGGAUAUUAGUAAUGCUCAGAAUAUAAAAAUCCUGACAUAUAACUUUCCUACACUUUCCUUUUGCAGGGAUGACAAAAAGCUACCUAAAAUAAAAAAGGUGAUGAAACCAGGUGACUGCACACCUGUCAAUGGAAAAGUGGUGCAUAUAAAUGUAGAUCUAAGAAAAUUACAUAAGGAUGCCUUUGGGGUGCUGCCCGAAAUAGACACAUUUUAUGGAGCAGAGAAUGAAAAACAAAACCAUGUACCUUCUACAGAUACAGAGUUAAUAAAGGGCACCAAAACACAUAACGAAGUCAGUUUAAACCUGUGCCAUGAAAGAGGUCAGACAGAGGAAAGCCUAGCAACAGAGGGCCAUAAUCAAUUCAGACUAUUUGGAAUGAAAGCCAUUGUCCAUAAGACAGACCUUUUUAAAGAAAAGCUCAUAUCUCAUGAAGAAUCAGCAAAAGAUAUGCGUCAAUCGAUUCAACGACUUCAUUCAAUUCUUCCAACUAAUCCAGAUCCAGUGUGUCACAUACAGAAUCCGUUGGAAAGUAAAGCUUUUCAGGAAACAAGGUGCUCUUUGAACCUGAUACCAUUAUGGGCUGUAGACAAGGCUUUUGAAAACAGGUUAAAAUGUGACAAUCAUGUUCAAAAAAGGAAUUUGGUUAGGCAGAUGUGUGUUUGUAAAAAGCAGGCAACUGCUAAUAUUGAGGAUUUUCUACAAGAGAAACAAAGGCACUCUAUGGAACAAAAUGAAAAAGACAGCACUCAAAUACAGCAACGUAAACAACAGAAUCAGCUGACUAAAUUCAACUUUAUUGGAAAAGUAAGGCAGAAUUACAAUGAAUUCAUUCAAGAAAAGGAGCAGAAAGCAUCUGAGCAUUCAUUUGUACAAGAAUUUAACACAAGACACACAUCUGUAACCAAAACUCUGCAAAGACAUGACAGAGUGCUGAAAUGUGACAAAGAAAUACAAGAGAAGAUCCGAGUUCUGCAGGAUGUUAAAGAAAAAAGGGACACGCAGAAGAUGUUAAACAAAACACUCAAAGAGCAAAGGACUCUUAUCCUUCAAGAAGAAAAUUCUUCAGAAAAGGUAGCCCUAGCCUGUCGUAAUCAUCAGAAAUCCAGCACCAGAUUACUUGAAGCCCAGACUCAUGUAAAGACGUUGAAGGAACGGCCGGUUUUUGCAGAACCUAUGGUCACAAUACCUGUUGAUCAAUCUGUUUGCCAAAAAAAUGCAUGUUGAUAAUUAUAAUAUUAAAAUCUAAUAUUAUAAUAUUAAAUUUGUUUACACUUUAAAAACACA